AUGUCUAACCUUUUCUCUGGAAUUAACGCGCGCUUCCGUGGCCAGAGAAGCCCGAACUCACCGGGCACGAGCUCUCCAACUCCCGAGCAUCAAUCACUGCCACAAGCGCAGGCGCAAGCACCACCACAGGCACAAGCCCAAACCCACUCGCCAGCCACCCCUACCCAAGGGCACCAAGGACACCAAGGAAGCCACUCUUCCUCCUCCAAUCUUGCGGUGAAGCUCCCGCCGCUCCCCACCUCGCCAUCGCUUGCUGAGACCAUCGGCAUGGACCAGGCUAGCGGCAUGGUGCCGUCAGCGGAGGACGUUCUUGCCUCCUACCAUCUCCCCCAGGCAAAGCCUCUAUGGCUAAAUGCCAACUAUGCCAAGCACAUAGUGAAGGGCAACUUCUUGACCCUGAGUGCGAAGCCCAAGACGGUUGAGAUGGGAGAGUGGAUUGCACAUCAAGGUAUAGGCGAUUCUAGCGGGGUCCUGAAACACGCGGCUAAUCGUCCACGACAAAGAAGAAGAUGGCUCUUCGAUCUGCAACUCGAGGAGAUGUUCCAAGAUGUCAGCGGGCGGAUUCCGGCCUACGAGUACUUGACGCUCGUCCAGCGGUACAUCUCUGGGAAGAUUGACGAUGGCACUAUCUUCCCCACGGACCCGGCUGGAGUCUCAUACGCCGACAACCUGGCCUUCUGCACCCCAGCGCCCGAAUCAGGCCAGGACUGGGUUGGGAAGCGUAGCGGUUUCCCCCAGAACUUUAUGGAGACGUGCCAAACUAUCUUCCGCCAGAUGUUCCGCGUUUAUGCGCACUUGUACUGGUCGCACUUUGACGACAUGUUCAGCCUCAAUCUCGAGAAGUCGAUGAACAGCUGCUUCAGUCACUUCAUCCUAACAGCUACCACACUGAAUCUACUCAAGAAAUCGGAUCUCGAGCCCAUGCAACCCCUGAUCGACCUCUGGGCGGCACUUGGAACGUUCCCUCAGGGGUCUAAGGCUUUCGAGAUUGCCAACCUUCAAGUUGGGCAACUACUGGUUCAAAAGGCAGGAGGGCCACCGGCGAAUUGA